GUCUGCUAGAUCGCCGCCAUUAUUGUUUACCUCAUCCUCACCAACGCAUGAGACCUCUGGCGGAUUUCUGUCGUACUAAGGCAAAAUCACAGUAAUCGAGUGCCAGUCGGACCACCUCUUAUUCUUACACCACGGACCACGGAUGCACACGGAUGUGUACGCACUCGCAGUCGUUUAUUAUUAUUGUAUCGGUUAGGUCAGAAGGUAGCCGAUCACGCACUGAGAAUUCAGAAUAAUACAACAUGCCUUAUUGUGUAGCGUCUAACUGCAAAAACAGAUCUUUCUCAAAAUCACAAAAACAAUGUGAGGUCGAAGUAGAGAAUAAGGUUACAUUUCACCUUCUUCCGAAAAAUAUUGAGAGGCGUAGGAUAUGGCUUGAUACGAUAGGGUUGACGAACACAAGUGUGCCAAAGUAUGCUUACUUAUGUUCAUGUCAUUUUUCACCGGAAUCAUUCGAUCGAACAUCUGCCUUCAAAGUUAGGCUGAAAGAUGAUGCUGUUCCAAAUGUUUGCAUUCAGGACAAUGCUGUCUUGCAAGAGACAUGCAGUGUUGAUAGAGAACGCGAAUGCUCUGAAUGCAUAGAAUUUUUUCUCGCAGAUGAAGUCACAUUGCACCUUGAUGCAGCGGAACCUUCAUCUUCAAUUGAUCAAGUUUGUGAAUCGGCAAAUAAAAGGCCGAGAAUUGAUAGUCCAUCAAAGGAUUUUAAGCAAAAAAAUGUUUCUUGUCAAACGCCACAACCGCCAAGAUGUAUCGAUAAAGGUACGUGGGUAUCGAAAUCGUUGAUUGCAACUUCUCCCACAAAGGAACGCCUACGUCACAUCAUCAAAGAGCUGAUGGAAUCACAUCGAAACGAGAUCAAACAUCUAAAAGAAACAGCACAGCGGACAAAGAAACGCAUUGCUACCUUACGAUAUGUGAUGGGUGAAUUAGGAAAACGAAAAGAUCUCAAUCUUCAGGAGCUGGAUGUUUUAAUCGAUAUUGGUAAAUCAAAUGCAGAUCUGCUUAAACGAGUGGUUCAAAAGUCAACGCAUGCCACAGUACCCAAGUAAUUCACACCUGAGCUAAGAGCAUUCGCUCUAACCCUUCAUUAUUACUCUGCAUGCGUAUACAAUUACGUACGUAAAAAAUUUGACUCCUGCUUGCCGUAUCCAAAAACCUGAUCAAAGUGGUAUCGAUUUGUCAAUUGUGAACAUGGCUUUAAUACCGAAUGCCUGAACGCUGUCGAAGAACGUGCAAAAAUAGUCGAUGAUGUUUUGAUUGGCUCUCUUGUUUUGGCCGAGAUGUCCAUACGUCAACACAUAGAGUACGAUGGACCAAAGUUUAGCGGGUAUGUAGAUAUGGAACUAAAUAUUACUACCGAUCAUGGGACUGUUGCAAAAGAUGCUCUAGAGUUUCUCUUUGUUGGUGUAAAUAGUUCGUGGAAGUUACCUGUUGACUUUUUUCUAACCAAUGGUAUUAAUGGAAAUUUAUUAUAGAAUCUUGGUGAUCGGUCAAUUAAGUAAAGUUUACUUAAUUGGCCGAUCACCAAGAUUCUAUAAUAGAUUAUAUACGAGGUUGAGAAUUCUUAUUCAUCAGUUUAAAAUUGGAUUACUUCUGAGAACAUGGGCUUUAUUCACAACAUCGAGCUUACACACGGGAAAGCUACAGCUGAUUACCUACGCCGUUGGAUCCGGACAGCUGAAAAAAUGUCGAGGAUGAAGAACCACAGGAUCUUUCUUCUUCGAUGUAAGAAACAAGGAAUAAUGCCUAAACAUUUAAAUUUCUCAAAGACUACCUUUGAUAGUAUUAAUUUUAA